AUGAGAGGACUUCAAGUGAACAUCCCCUUUCUUCACGCUAUGUCACAAAUGCCUACCUAUGCAAAAUUUUUGAAGGAUCUUCUAUCCAACAAGAGUAGGCUUGAAGAGAGUGCAACCAUCUCCCUUCCUAAGGAGGUGAGUGCAAUCAUCCAAAACAAGCUUCCCCAAAAGCUUGGUGACCCCGGUAGCUAUGCAAUACCGGUGAAGAUUGGAGAUUUGGAAGCUAUGGAUGCUUUAUGUGAUCUUGGGGCAAGUGUGAGCUUGAUGCCCUAUUCUAUUGCAAAGACCUUGAAAGUUGGAGACUUGAAACCAACAAGAAUGUCCUUACAACUAGCCGACCGCACGGUUAGGCUACCUUUGGGGAUUCUUGAAGAUGUGCCAGUUCAAGUUGGAAGAGUAUUUGUGCCGUGUGAUUUUGUAGUAAUGGAGAUGGAAGAAGAUUCAAGAGUACCCCUCAUUUUGGGGAGACCAUUUUUGAACACCGCGGGAGUGGUGAUUGAUAUGAAGGAAGGAAGAUUGACUUUAAAUGUGGGAGAUGAGAAAAUUUCAUUCUCAUUCUCACAAACUUUAAAAAAGCCAUUGAUUGAUGAAGUUCAUAGAAUUGACACAUUGGAAAGGGACAUAGAAGAGUUCCGAGAAAGAUUGUAUGAAAGAGAUCCUUUACAAGCUACCCUAACGGGAAGCUUUGUUGAGGAGGGUGAAGAAGCAAAGGGGUAUGAUCUCUUGCUCAACCAACCUUUGGCCCACGAGAUGAUAAAAUUUGAAGUGCUUAACGUGGAGGCAAAAGAGGAGAGGACUACGCCUCCUCCUAAGCUCGAUGACACCUCUCUUGAGAAACUCCUAGUUGUUUUAAGGAAGUAUAGAGAUGUUAUUGGGUACAAAAUUGAUGACAUUAAGGGGAUAAGUCCCACCAUAUGCAUGCAUAAAAUUCUACUUGAUGAUGAUCAUGCUUCCUCGAUUGAGCACCAAAGAAGGCUCAAUCCCAAUAUGAAGGAAGUGGUAAAAAAGGAAGUUUUAAAACUUCUUGAGGCGGGCAUAAUCUAUCCUAUCUCCGAUAAGGAGGGAAUUGUUCUUGGUCAUGUGAUUUCUAGUAGGGGCAUUGAGGUAGAUCGUGCCAAGAUUGAAGUAAUUGAGCGCCUCCCACCCCCUACAAAUGUGAAGGGGAUAAGGAGCUUUCUUGGACAUGCGGGUUUUUACCGCCGGUUCAUAAAGGAUUUUUCAAAAAUCGCAAAGCCGCUCACUCAAUUGUUGGUAAAAGAUGCCCCUUUUGUGUUUACUAAUGAUUGUCUGCUAGCAUUUGAUAGGUUGAAGGAGGCCUUGAUUUCGGCUCCUAUAAUUCAACCCCCCAAUUGGGAACUUCCUUUCGAGCUUAUGUGUGAUGCUUCGGAUUUCGCCGUUGGGUCUGUUCUUGGACAAAGGAAGGACAAGAAGCUCCAUGAUAUCUAUUAUACUAGCAAAACAUUGGAUGAGGCACAAAGGAAUUACACAACCACGGAAAAGGAGUUUCUAGCCAUUGUUCAUGCAAUUGAGAAGUUUAGGUCCUACUUGUUGGGCUCUAAGGUCAUAGUUUUCACCGACCAUGCAGCCUUGAAGUACCUCUUGUCUAAGAAGGAACCUAAGCCAAGAUUGAUACGGUGGGUCUUGCUCUUGCAAGAUUAUGAUAUUGAGAUUAGAGACAAGAAGGGUGCCGAAAAUGUUGUGGCCGAUCAUCUUUCACGGUUGCCUAUCUUUGUAGGUGAUCUUGAUAACUUGCCAAUCGAUGAUUCAUUUCCGGAUGAUCGACUAUUUUGCUAUCCUUCAAGUACCGGCACCAUGGUUUGCGGACAUUGCAAACUACUUGUCUUGCUCUAUUCUUCCUCCCGACCUCACCUAUCAACAAAAAAGGAAGUUUCUUCAUGA